CCCCCCCCCCCUCCGCCCGCAGAGGAGAUCGCGCGCCACCUGGACGACAGCGGCGCGAACCUGCUCGUGGUGGAGGCCGUGAUGGAGCCCCUCGCCGAGGCCGCCCUCAAGGUCCUCAAGCGGGAGGUCCCUGUGGUGGUGAACGGCCCCUCAGCCAACGCCCGGCCCAACCUGAGGGAGAUCAUCGCCGACAGCAACACGCCCUUCGCUGACUUCGUUGAUGUGCCUCUGGACCGCGUCGCAGCCCUCCCGUACUCCAGCGGCACGACGGGAAAGCCAAAGGGCGUGUCUCUCACCCACUCGGCCGUCGCAAAUAACAUUUCCAUGUACCACAACGCCCACACGAUCAACACUGAGAAGGCAGAAGGAGACCACCAGGAGGUGCUGAUGGGCCUCCUGCCCUUCUUCCACAUCUACGGCAUGUGCGUCAUCAUGACCUCCGGCCUCACCAGGGGCGCCAAGAUCGUCACGCUGCCCAAGUUCGAGCCCCAGAUGUAUGCCAAUGUCCUCAAGAAGCACAAGGUCUCGGUCCUCCACACGGUGCCGCCCCUCCUGCAGUUCGUGGCCGCCUCUCCUGCCGUGUCGCCGCAGGACCUGUCGCACGUCCACACCGUCAUGUGUGGCGCGGCGCCAGUUCCUCCCGCCGCUGCCAUGGCGCUCAAGGAGAAGGUGUCGCAGCCGAUUUUCUUCCAAGAGGGCUUCGGCAUGACGGAAACCCUCUGCACGCACAUGACUCCUAAGGGCGAAGAGAAGCUAGGUUACUGCGGGAAACUCGUCCCUCACACCAAAGCCAAGAUCGUCGAUUUGGAGAAGGGAACGCCCUUGCCUCCGGGAGCUGAAGGGGAGCUCUGCGUCCACUCUCCUGCUCUGAUGGCCGGCUACCACAACAACCGGCAGGCGACCCAAGAGUGCUUCGACGAGGACGGCUGGUUCCACACGGGAGACGUGGCUGUCUGCGAUAACGAUGGCUACUUCUCCAUCGUUGAUCGUAUUAAGGAGCUCAUUAAGGUCAAGGGACUACAGGUGUCUCCCUCGGAGCUGGAGGACAUCCUCCUUCGGCAUCCGGGCGUGGCCGACGUCGGGAUCACGGGCGUGGACGACGAGCGGGCCGGGGAAGUCCCGCGCGCCUUCGUCGUACGCAGGAACAAGGAUCUGCGCGAGAAGACCUGCACGCCUUCCUCGGGAGUCGCGUGGCCCCGCACAAGCAGCUCGCAGGAGGGAAUCCGCUUCGUGGAGGAGCUGCCCAAGAACCCGACCGGAAAACUCCUUCGGCGCCAGCUGAAGAAGAUGGCGGACGGCGAGUGAUGACGUCAUAGGGUGAUGGAAGGAAACGACUCGAAUGCAAUAUUCUCACCAGAUCUGAUUACCUUUACAAUUGCAUUUUCGAUGUAUACGUGUGUGCAUUUGUGUGUGUGUGCGUGUGUGUAAGUAUAAAAUGAAAGUGAUAGUCUCGUUGACUUCAAAACAACUUUUGGACUUCUGCAGGACGUGCACUUGCUCUGUCUCCUUUACAAGGCGAAAGGCAUUGGCAGAACUGCAUUUGUAGUUACUU